AUGAGCUGGCAUGAACCCAAGGGAGGCGAAGGGAAAGAAGCGAAAAGGACGGCCUCUGAUACACUGAUACUCACUGAGGCAAAGAACAGCACUCUGAGAACAGGACUUCAUGCUUAUGUUUUGUCAGGCUUCGCCCAGCAGUGGAAUGCCAUCAACUGGACUCUCGACUACCUGACGAAAAAGAUCCCUUUUGAGUGGGUUGACUACUAUCCGAAAAACAUGGAUGAUGUCGGCAGCAAGCCAUUCCUUUUCAAGUUCGAUAGAGCGGUGCAGGAAUUUCAGCAUCCCAGGGAAAUCCCUUCGCAGCUGCCAAAGUAUAUGCAAAUUCGGCUUAGCCUGCGUGGCUGGAAACGCCUAAAGAAGGACUUUACUCCGAAGCCCUUGCCGGAAGUGUUCUGGGAUGAUGAUGAAUGGAUCUCCAAAUGCAUGCAGAAAGAUAGUCAGGUUGACAAACCUGCCAUCAACAACUUCUUCGUCACCAAUCAGUGGAAAUUUCUGCUGAUUGGAGAGAAAGGCACCACCAUGUUUUUCCACAAGGAUGGGACUGCAGCAUCAAGCUGGCAAGUGCAGCUAGUUGGCAAGAAGAGGUGGACUCUGUGCCCCAACACGGAGUCAAGAUAUCUUGAUCCGCACCUUGACACGUACAAUCCGGACUAUUCGCGCUUUCCACAAUUUGCGAAAGCUCAAUGUGGACAGGUCACCGUGUCUCCAGGGGAGCUGCUCUACUACCCAGCUUACUGGUGGCAUCACACACUUCAGUUGGAGACCCCCAGUAUCUCCUACACUGGAGCUUUGGUUGGAGUCGAAGCUGAUCGCUCUGACCUUGGGGCCGACAGGAAGCCGCACACGCGAUUCUACGCCGAUUUGCAAGAGAAAUGUGCAAAGUGCUGGCGCAAAGGUGUGAAAGAAAGGCAGUGCGAGGACAUAUCCUUGAAGUGGGCAGGGGCAGCUCCCCCACCUUUGAGGGUUGUUUGCGAUGAGUAUUUGCCAAAGUGCUUACAGCUCUGGUCCGAACAUGCCAAAGCCUUGCACGGUGGAGCCCCGAAGUCUGAAUUGUGA